UCCGUGAUUUCCUCUCACUGGCUAUCCUGCCCCGUUCCAACUUCCAGAAGCGACCAGCUAAUAAGCGACCCAACGACCCAACCUCUCAAUCUCUCAUAAUUUUUUCUUGGUCUGAGUUCAUUUGACUUGGUUCCACAGCAUACAAGCAAUCAACAAUAUCACGAUGUCUCUAGCUUUCCUUAUUCAGGCUCAACAAACGGUGGGCAAUGCCUCCAUCCCUUUCAAAAUGGCUGUUCACAAGCGACGACGCCUGUCUCUUCAAGAUCAGACUCUUCCUUCCUCUCGCAAACGAACCAGCGAAGAGCCCACUGCCCGCAGCGCCAAGCGCAUGAAGAAAUCUGUCAGCUUCAACGACGACCAAAACAAGAAAGUCACCAUUGAUAUUCGCACCGACGAAAAGCAAAACGCAUGGUACAACCGAAGCGAGUACCGUGUCUUUCGAGAAGAUAUCCAAACAACCUUGCUCUCUGUUCGGUUGGGUGUGUCCCAGCUCAUGGAACCCACUGACUUUUGCCUGCGAGGCCUCGAAGCCAACGUGUCACCUAAUGUGGGCAUGCUUCGAAAAGUCAAGCGAAAGAUCCUCAUUUCCAGCGUCUUGCAAGAGCAGCGAUCUCAGCGAAUUGUUGGGGCAGUCAAGCCAGAUGUUAUCCGGGAUGUCUCUGCUGUCUUGUCGACCGAUGCGCUGGUGGACGCAGUCAAGAGGGGACUCUCAGAUUGCACAGAUGCCCACUUCUCAUCAUAGCUCUCCUCCUAUAUCAAUCAAUCAAUGCCAUUCUUCCUAUUUUCCUCUUCUGAGUAACCCUCUAAAUCAAUUUUUGCUGACU